AUGGCAAGCAGAAGUGCCGUCGCCUCCGCCGUCGCCUUCGCUCGUCCCGCGACCUGCAGGCGCGCCGCGGCGGCCUCGGUCCGGCGAUGCGUCAUCGUCCUUUCGCCUGCCGCUCGCACACUCACCACCACCGCUGCUGCUGCUGUCGGUCCCCCCGCUCGCGCUGCGUCCGCGCCGCGACGCAGCGUGCCGGUGCCGCUCCCGCGGAGCACCGCCGUCUCGCGCCGGUACUCGGCCGCCGCCGACCCGCCGACCAAGCUCUGGACCUUUGCCGACAUCCAGAGGCAGCUGCAGACCAACGAGGACAAGAACAUAGUCCUGGUCGACGUCCGCGAACCGGCCGAGCUCCGCGAGACGGGCAAGAUCCCCGGCGCGGUCAACAUUCCCGUGACGACGGCGGUGCAGAGCUUCCACGUGCCCGAGGAGGACUUCGAGGACGCGUUCGGGUACCCGCGGCCGGCCAAGGACAAGACGCUCGUCUUCUACUGCAAGGCGGGCGUCCGGGCCAAGGCGGCGGCGGGGCUGGCGCUGCACGCCGGGUGGAAGAGCGUCGGCGAGUACAGGGGCUCCUGGCUGGACUGGGCCGAGCACGGCGGGCCGGUGGAAAAGGUAGACGGCGGCAAGUGA